CCUCCAGGCCACUGUUCCCUCUCCACUUCCCCUCACCGCUGCACUGCUCAGAGAUGGCCCUUGGGGCUGUGGUCCUCCUUGGGGUCCUGGCUUCUUACCACGGAUUCAACUUGGACGUGGGCCAGCCGGUGAUCUUCCAGGAAGACGCAGCCGGCUUCGGGCAGAGCGUGAUGCAGUUUGGCGGAUCUCGACUCAUGGUGGGAGCCCCCCUGGCGGUGGCGUCGGCCAACCACACAGGACGGCUGUAUGAGUGUAUGCCCGCCUCCGGCACCUGCACUCCCAUUUACCCAUUCACGCCCCCCGAAGCCGUGAACAUGUCCCUGGGCCUGUCCCUGGCGGCCUCCCCCAACCAUUCCCAGCUGCUGGCCUGUGGCCCAACCGUGCAUAGAGCCUGCGGGGAGAACGUGUACGCCCAAGGUUUCUGUGUGCUGCUGGAUGCCCACGCACAGCCCAUCGGGACCGUGCCAGCUGCCCUGCCUGAGUGUCCAGAUCAAGAGAUGGACAUUGUCUUCCUGAUUGACGGCUCUGGCAGCAUUAGCUCAAAUGACUUCAGCAAGAUGAAGGACUUUGUCAGAGCUGUGAUGGACCAGUUCAAGGACACCAACACCCAGUUCUCGCUGAUGCAAUACUCCAAUUUGCUGGUGACACACUUCACCUUCAGCAGCUUCCGGAACAGCUCCAAUCCUCAGGGCCUAGUGGAGCCCAUCGUGCAGCUGACAGGCCUCACGUUCACGGCCACGGGGAUCCUGAAAGUGGUCACAGAGCUGUUUCAAACCAAGAACGGGGCCCGCGAAAGUGCCAAGAAGAUCCUCAUCGUCAUCACGGAUGGGCAGAAGUACAAAGACCCCCUGCACUACAGCACUGUCAUCCCGCAGGCCGAGCAGGCGGGCAUCAUCCGCUACGCCAUCGGGGUGGGGGACGCGUUCCAGAAACCCACAGCCAGGCAGGAGCUGGACACCAUCGCCUCCGAGCCGCCGGACGCCCACGUGUUCCAGGUGGACAAUUUCUCAGCGCUCAGCAGCAUCCAAAAGCAGCUAUACGAUAGGAUCUUUGCCGUCGAGGGAACCCUGUCGUCGGCAAGCACCUCCUUCCAGCAUGAGAUGUCCCAAGAGGGCUUCAGCUCACUUCUCACCACGGAAGGACCGGUGCUGGGGGCUGUGGGCAGCUUUGAUUGGUCCGGGGGUGCUUUUCUGUACCCCCCGGGCGGGAGCCCCACCUUCAUCAACAUGUCUCAGCAGAACGUGGACAUGAGGGACUCCUACCUGGGCUACUCCAGCCAGCUGGUGCUUUGGAAGGGGGUGCAGAGCCUGGUCCUGGGGGCGCCUCGCUAUGAGCACACGGGGAAGGUCGUCCUCUUCACCCAGACGUCCACGCACUGGGAGCCGAGAGCCGAAGUCACAGGGACCCAGAUCGGCUCCUACUUCGGGAGCUCCCUCUGCUCCGUGGACGUGGACGGAGACGGCAGCACCGACCUGGUCCUCAUCGGGGCCCCCCACUACUACGAGCAGACGCGAGGGGGCCGGGUGUCCGUGUGCCCCUUGCCCCGGGGGCAGUGGGCUCCGUGGCGAUGUGAGCGUGUUCUCCGCGGGGAGCAGGGCCACCCCUGGGGCCGCUUUGGGGCGGCUCUGACCGUGCUAGGGGACGUGAACGGGGACCAGCUGGCAGAUGUGGCCAUCGGGGCCCCAGGGGAGCAGGAGAACCGGGGCGCUGUCUACCUGUUUCAUGGAGCCCCGGGGCUGGACAUGAGCCCCACCCACAGCCAGCGCAUCGCAGGCACCCAGCUCUCCCCCAGGCUCCAGUACUUCGGGCAGACGCUCAGCGGGGGUCAGGACCUCACCCAGGAUGGCCUGGUGGACCUGGCUGUAGGGGCCCAAGGACAGGUGCUGCUGCUCAGGAGUCGGCCAGUGCUGAAGGUGGGCGUGGCCAUGAGAUUCAGCCCGGAGGAGGUGGCCAAGGCUGUGUUCCAGCACUGCAGAGAGGCACCCGGUGCCCUGGAAGCCGGGGAGGCCACUGUCUGCCUCACUGUCCACAAAACCUCUGCCGACCAGUUAGGUGAUGUCCAGAGCUCCGUCAGCUAUGAUCUGGCACUGGACCCAGGCCGCCUGGUCUCUCGGGCCAUUUUUCAAGAGACCCAGAACCGGACUUUAACUCGAAGGAAGACCCUGGGGCUGGGGCAUCACUGUGAAACCAUGAGGCUGCUUUUGCCAGACUGCGUGGAGGACGUGGUGAACCCCAUCAUCCUGCGCCUCAACUUCUCCCUGGAGGGACAGCCGAUCCCCUCGUCCCAGAAUCUGCGCCCUGUGCUGGCCGCGGGCUCGCAGGACCACUUCACUGCCUCCCUCCCCUUUGAGAAGAACUGCGGACAAGAUCGCCUGUGUGAGGGGGACCUGAGCGUCAGCUUCAGCUUCUCGGGCUUGAAUACCCUGCUGGUGGGGCUCUCCCUGGAGCUCACAGUGACAGUGACCGUGCGCAAUGAGGGCGAGGACUCCUAUGGGACCACCAUCACCCUCUACUACCCAGCAGGGCUAUCCUACAGGCGGGUGUCGGGCCAGACACAACCCCAGCAGCGGCCCCUGCGCCUAGCAUGUGAGGCCGUGCCUACCGAGAGCGAGGGCCUGAGGAGUACCAGCUGCAGCGUCGACCACCCCAUCUUCCAAGGGGGUGCUCAGGGCACUUUCGUAGUCACGUUCGAUGUCUCCUCCAAGGCCACCCUGGGUGACAGGUUGCUCAUGAGGGCCAAUGCCAGCAGUGAGAAUAAUAAGCCUGCGAGCAACAAGACCUCCUUUGAGCUGGAGCUGCCAGUGAAAUACGCUGUCUACAUGAUGAUCACAAGGCACGAAGGCUCCACCAGGUUCUUCAACUUUUCCACUUCCACUGAGAAGAGCAGCAAAGAGGCCGAGCACCGUUAUCGGGUGAACAACCUGAGUGUGCGGGAUCUGGCCAUCAGCAUAGACUUCUGGGCCCCCGUGCACCUGAACGGAGCGGCUGUGUGGGACGUGGUGGUGGAGGCCCCUGCCCAGAGCCUGCCCUGUGUGCGGGAGAAGGAACCUCCGAGGACCUCUGACCUGAGCCGGGUCUCAGGGAGUCCCGUGCUGGACUGCAGCGUUGCGCACUGCCUGAGGUUCCGCUGCCACAUCCCCUCCUUCGGCAUCCAGGAGGAGCUCCACUUCACCCUGAAGGGCAACCUCAGCUUCGCCUGGGUCAGCCAGAUGCCGCAAAAGAAGGUGUCGGUGGUGAGCGAGGCCGAGAUCACCUUCAACAGGACCGUGUACUCCCAGCUUCCUGGCCAGAAUCGCUUUAUGAGAGCCCAGGUGGAGACGGUGCUGGAGGAGUAUGAGGAGCAUGACCCUGUCCCCCUGGUGGCGGGCAGCUGCGUGGGCGGCCUGCUGCUGCUGGCUCUCAUCUCAGCCCCGCUGUACAAGCUUGGCUUCUUCAAGCGCCGGUACAAGGAGAUGCUGGGUGAGAAGCCGGGAGACGCGGCCACCUUCCCCGGCGAGGACACCAGCAGCGGGGCUUCAGAUUUGCCUUUGUCCCAGUGAUCCCCUCUCCUGCCCAUCUCCUCCCGGGGCUGGUCCUGCCUCCCGCUGUAAAGCUGUCUCCAUGGGAGCAACCUCUGUAUGGGUCGACUGGUCUGAGCAUCCCUGGGUGCUGAGCCCGUCCCAACAGUGGAAAGGUUCUUCUAUGUCUGCACCUCUGCCAGGCUGCUCCAGUGACAGACUGCUGACGCAGGAGUAAGGAUGUGCACGUGUGGAAGAAUGGCCACGUGGAAUCAGGAUGUCGGUGAUGCAUUUGCCUUGAAUGUAAAACGCCCUAAUGCAGGCACUGGGGUGCUACCGUAGGUAGAGUUGAGGGAACCCACUUAUGUGUGCAGAAAAAGUUCUCUCACUUUUCUCUUGUGCCUGG